AUGCACCACAGCAAGACCACUCCCCACACAGCGGCGCAGGAAACCACCAACCGCCGAAAAGCAACCCCACGGAUGAAGAUCCACGAGAUCCAGCCUCCGGCCAGCGAAAGCCAAAUGUGGAGAGCACCUCCGAGACGAAGAGGGACGGAACUCUACAGCGGCACCAACUCUGCCAUUGCCCUUCGCUCACCCAUCAAGCCCCCAUCGCAGACCGACCAGAACAAGCCGCGCAGAGAAUAG